GUAGGCACGACUUCUCCUUAUCCACCCAUCUUUUAUCACUUUCACGCUCGAACCGCGUCGCUAGUUUUUUUCCCUGGCUUAUCAUAACUCUUAGCAAUACGGCGCAACUCUUGCGCAUGCCAUUGUACAUCACAUCUGACGAUUAUGCAUUUAUAGUGUCUUUUCUGGUUCUCUAGCCCUUUAGCAGCCACUUCGCGUCGGUUCAUGCCGAUUCAUCCCCGGCUACUUCGCUCCCCGCCCUCUCAGUCGCAGAUCAUCACGAUUGCAAUCCAACACCACCACCAUGGACCAAGCAGACAUACCCGCGUUGCUGUCGCGACUUGCUAGCGAUGAAGAUGCUGCACGAAAAAUGGCGGUCUUCAAACUGCAAUCCUCCAUAAACGACCCUUCCUUUGCAGACGUCUUCAUAUCUUCUGGCGGUCUGAUCAUAUUACGACGCUUGAUCAUGAGCACGGGCGGAAACACACUCGCAUACUCGCUACAAAGUCUAAGUCGAUUGCUCGAAGUUGAUAUGGGAUGGGAUAUCUUCGAGGGCCCUUCAGCAGGCGAUCUAGUCGAGCGCGUUGUCGAACUCAUCGUCACGAAUCCACUGGUCAACAUUCUUCGAGGUGCUAUGUCCAUUCUCGUUGCACUUGUUAGCCAUUCGCAGUCUACAUCGUCAAGCGGCCGUGCGCCCAUAACGUUUGGGUUUCGCGCAUUGAAACCAGCCGUAGCUGUCUACCCGCAGUUCUUUGAACUCGUCAUCCAGCAAUUGCAGUCCGCCGAUCACGCCCUCUGCGCAAAUGCGCUUAUGUUAAUCAACGCUCUCGUAAGGGAUGCUGUUUCCGGCGAAUCUAGUAACGAUAGCAGUAGGAUAGGAGGCAGCGGAGAAGAAUGGCCUAAGUUUAUAAGGCGAUUACAGGAUUUGGGCCUAAUUAAGGCGGUAUACAACCUGAUGCAGAGCUCAGCACUGCAGGACCUCGCGCACCCUCUCUUGGAGUUUCAGUCUCUUACUAAGGUACUGCUUCAGAAAUGGCGACAGGUUCAGGUUGACGUCGAAAGGCCGGAACACAGGAGGGCAUUGAAAGGGCUUCACCUUGCGAGCGCACCAAAUCGAGAUCAUGCGAACGGAAUCGGGAGAGUCGAGGAGCUUCAAGAGUCUGGGAAAAAGGGAAGCAGGAGACACAACCCUGAGAAAUGGAGAAGGCUUGGCUUCGAGACGGAGAGUCCAGCUGCGGAGUUUGACAAUACCGGAUUCCUCGGCCUAAUGGAUCUUGCCGAUUUUGUGCGAAAGAACGAAGAUGGUUUCCAGAAGUUGCUCCUAGAGCAGUCAACCAAACCACUCCACGAGCGCUGCCCUAUUGCGAGGUCAAGCUUAGCGGUCACGCUCAUCUUGUACGAACAUUUCGAUUGCGAUAGAUCGGAAAUGGAAGACCUCAGGGGAUACCAGCUAUCAGAUGGGAAGCAUCAAGACAAGCUCUUCCGCCCGCUACUCCUGCAAUGGUCCAGAUUGCAUACAGGUGGACUCAACGCAUUCUUCAAGCUAUGGAGAUCUACUGGAGCAGACCAGGAUGAUUUCGAGAAAGUGUCAGAAUUAGUUCGCAUACUUAUAGAUCAAGUUAUUGGACAAGCUGGCCGAUCAAAGGACAUCUUGGAGGUCGAAGAAGACCUAGUCGAGUACGACUUCGGGCGAUUGCGCGAGCUACAGAUGGAGCUUCUGGAGCUCUCAUUCGAUGACCAAUGGGGCCAGCAUCUCUACAAAGUACGGGAGAGCCUGAACCAAGAAGCUCUUACAUUUGUCAAGGAACAACGUAUUAGGUGUCUCUUGGGAGGCGCCUGGUUUUCGAAACCAGUAGUACGAAAGGAUAGCCAAGGGACCGGUUUUCAGAAUCGCCGCGGAACCGACGGUACCCUUUGGCGGUACGCCAAAUUGUCGCAUAAUCGCCGCUAUCUUCACUACGCUGAUUUCGGGCUACGGACUGGCCCGGACCCAAACUUGGAUUCUCUGGCUGAGAAGGUAGACUUACGGCAAGUUAGUUCCGUUGCCUCUAAUGUAUCUGCUCCGUCCACCGAGGCCGUAAAUGGGACGAGCAAUAGUACAAAGAUUACGAUCUUUGGUUACGUAAACCCUGACGAAGUUGCUGAGGCCAAGGACUUAAGCGAAGUCAAGGAAACGCCGUUGCUCACUCUGCAUCCCUUGAAUCACAGUGUGGCAUCGGAAUGGCUCGACGGGUUAUUGAUGCUGCUGGGACAGGCUCCGAUAACAGCGGAGACCAAUAAGCUCAUCAAGCUAGUCCAAGACUACGGUAUGAAGAUCAGACUGCUCAACGUUCGGAUGGAAGCUACAUAUGCAGGACCUCCGGAAGGUGCCGGCGUAGUGCCGAGUAGGGAGGGCCUUAACGACGACUAUUGGUAUGAAAUAUGAGGCGGUCUUGGUUUUAUAUACGAAGGUGUACGAAGUCUCUUGGGUGACAUGGUUUGAUAUUAUCGUGUCGACGGGGUACAGAUCGCAUGCUGUUCAUACGAACUUGCGAUCUAGGACACAGAAGGGGUGUACUAUUGCACUGGUUUCCGAACUAAUCGACAUUCAGAGACGCCCGCAAGGGAAGCUUGGGAGGUUCGCAUUGUCUGAGGAUACCACAUUUUGUUUUGCUACGCAUAGAUGAUAUACCCAUGACUGAAUUGAAAUCACUAUUGUAACGAA